AUGGCACCCAUCCAUCCAUCCCACAAUCUGCUCUCUCGCGCGCCAGCAACCACCCUCACACCCUGCGCCGGCUGCCUCGACCCCAGCAAAGUAAACAACAAAAUCUACUUUUCCCUCUUCGCCCUAAUCUUCCUCUUCAUCGUAAUUGGCAGCAUUUGGUUCUUCUUCCACGCCAAACAUGGAGGUUUCCACUGGCAGCAAGGCGAUUUUGAAGAUUGGAAGUCUCAGGUUUUGAGGAAAAGGGAUGAAUUUGGGAAUACGGUUUAUUCGGCCAAGUCGGUAGUGGAGAGGCCGAGGAAGAGUGAUAGGAUGGCGGCGAAGAGUGUGGUGGGGUGGGAUGAGAAGGGGAGGAAGGGUGUUGUGGCGGUCAGGGGCUUUGGGGGUAGUCAUUCGGUGUAUUACUCUGAUGGGUUUACGCGGUACACUGGAGGGGAUCAGAGUGAUGCGUUGACUUCAAUCUCUCGCAACCACCACAACAACGAGAAGAGAGCUGCGAAAAUCAGAGGUGGCUAUACAGCUGCUCCUACCACGACUGAUCAUUCACGCCGUUACCGCGACAGAGACCUCCGCGACUAUAAACAUGAGAAACCUGCCAGAGUGGGUGGCAUGAACAGAUCUGCAGAUGGAACUUCUUACCUUCAGAGUGAUCGCAGCGACACAGUCACCGACACUUCUUCCGCAGCGCCAAUCCUGCACUCCAAAGAUAAGAAGAGGGAAAAGGCAGAGAAGAGAGCAGCAGAAGAUGCAGCACGCAUGGAGAGAAAAUGGCGCAAGGAAGCCGAACGAGCUGCCGCCGCCCUCGCCAAAGAAACUACUUCCGCCUCUCCUAUUCCUCCCGCCGCAGUGGCAAAGAAGUCCUCUCAUACGCCAGAAAAGCCAAAGAGUGUAAAGAGAGAAGCAUCACGUUCCCGCUCCUCGAGUCCGAAGAAAAAGGCAAUUCCCAGACAGAGAGAAUAUUCCUUUAGUGGCGCUCCAGACGAGACUUCCACAACCUAUACAGGAACCUACACCGCAUCCACCACAAACCGCACGAAUAGCAGUUAUUACGAUGCUUAUCGUCCUUUGGCUGCUGCUUCCCCUGCUGCAUCCCCUGCUGUACCCCCAGAGCAGAGAAGAGAACAACGCAGAGCCGAACGACGCGAAAGUUCCAGCAGACACACCUCUGCAUCCCCCACCAAACAAGUCAGAGGACCUAGAUACGAGAGUUCAGGCAGCAGUGGAAGAUACGAGAGAGUCAGAGGUGGAGAGAAGAAAAAGGGAGGUAGAGAUGUUAUGGCUGGGUAUAGAAGGGGAAUGGAUAGUUUGGGGAGUGAUAGCGAGUAA